UCGCCCUUCCCGUGCUUCGUGCUGCGCUGCUGCUUGCUGCUCCUCUGCUCCGAGGCGUCUCGCUUUAAAAUCUCCCAACGCAGCAGCCUCUCUUCUCUUUCGGGAGCAGCAGGCCAUGUGGAGUCUCUGACCUUCGGAUACCUUCCCCUAUCUCUCUCUCCCCCUCCGCCUCUGCUCCCCCGCACCGCGCCCCGCCGCUGCCCGAGCGCGCGAGCCGCCUUGCGGGGGGAAGAGCAGAGAUCCCCAGGAGAUGUCGUCGCGGCCGUCGUCGUCGUCUUCGUCGAGGCGGAGCAGCUCGCCCUUCUCCGCGGGGAAUCGCCGCCCGCCGACAUCCUCCUCGUCGUCCAGCUCGUACAUGGCGGGGCGGCUCAUCCCGCGCUCGUCCCCCUCCUCCGUCUCCUCCCAGUUCUACGGCGGCGGCGGGAGCUCUAGGUCCACCACGCCCGGCCGCCGGGGCCCCGGCGGUUCCGCCCCGGCUCCUCCUCCGGCUCCCGUGCCGUUCCCCAGCGCGGACGAGCUCGUCAUUGAGGACACCUCCCGCUCGGGCGACAGCAUCUCUGUCACCAUCCGCUUCCGGCCGCUCAGCGACCGGGAGAUCCAGCGCGGUGACGAGAUCUCGUGGUAUCCUGACGGGGACCGGCUUGUGCGGUGCGACUUCGUCCAGCCAGCGGCUUAUGCUUAUGAUAGAGUUUUUGGACCUUCAACAGCUACUGAGGCUGUCUAUGAUGUUGCUGCCCGGCCUGUUGUUAAAGGUGCUAUGGAGGGCAUAAAUGGUACGGUUUUUGCUUAUGGUGUCACAAGCAGUGGGAAGACCCACACAAUGCAUGGUGAUCAGAAUUGUCCUGGAAUAAUCCCAUUAGCCAUCAAGGAUGUCUUCAGCUUAAUACAAGAUACCCCUGGAAGGGAAUUUUUGCUCCGUGUGUCAUAUCUGGAAAUCUAUAAUGAGGUGAUAAAUGAUCUGCUUGAUCCUACUGGCCAAAAUCUGCGCGUGAGGGAGGAUGCACAGGGAACUUAUGUAGAAGGAAUAAAAGAAGAAGUUGUGCUGUCUCCAGGACAUGCUCUUUCUUUUAUAGCUGCUGGUGAAGAGCAUCGGCAUGUUGGUUCCAACAACUUCAACUUAUUUAGCAGCCGAAGUCAUACGAUUUUCACUAUGAUGAUCGAAAGCAGCGAUCGUGGUGAUGAGUAUGACGGAGCCAUGUAUUCGCAACUUAAUUUGAUCGAUCUAGCUGGCUCAGAGAGCUCUAAGACAGAGACUACAGGGUUAAGAAGAAGGGAAGGAUCAUACAUCAACAAGAGUCUUUUAACUCUUGGAACAGUUAUUGGGAAGCUCAGUGAAGGGAGAGCAACACAUAUCCCCUAUCGUGAUUCUAAGUUGACUCGUCUGCUGCAAUCGUCAUUGAGUGGCCAUGGCCAUGUGUCACUAAUUUGCACAAUUACCCCAGCAUCGAGUAACAUGGAAGAAACCCACAAUACAUUGAAAUUUGCAAGCCGAGCAAAACGUGUUGAAAUAUAUGCCUCUCGUAACCGGUUAGUUGAUGAGAAGUCUUUGAUCAAGAAGUAUCAGAAAGAAAUAUCAACACUAAAGCAAGAGCUUGACCAGUUUAGGAGAGGAAUGAUUGGGGGUGCUAGUCAGGAAGAAAUCAUGAUUUUGCGGCAACAGUUGGAGGAGGGUCAGGUAAAAAUGCAAUCUCGCCUGGAGGAGGAAGAGGACGCAAAAGCUGCUCUUAUGAGCAGAAUACAACGGUUGACUAAGUUAAUACUUGUUUCCACGAAGAGCAAUAUUCCUGCUUUGACAGAUUUGUCUAGUCAUCAGCGCCAAAAUUCUGUUAGCGAGGAAGAUAAGUUAACGACUUCACAGGAUAGUUCUAUGCUAGUGCAAAAUGAUAGUACCGUGAAGGACUCUGUGUCAUUAGCUUUGUCAGAUCCACUGGAUGAGAUCAAUCAGUUAAGGUCAGCUAGUGGAGAUCAUUCUUCAGUAACAGGUUCAGCAACAGAUUCAUCACAGGUGGGAAUCACGGCAUCAGAUCAUAUGGAUCUACUUAUUGAGCAAGUUAAGAUGCUGGCCGGGGAGAUUGCGUUUGGUACCAGUUCUCUGAAAAGACUAAUUGAACAAUCUAUAGAAGAUCCUGAAGGGACAAAGAAUCAAAUAGAAAAUUUAGAGCGUGAAAUCCAGCAAAAGAGGAGGCAUAUGCGAGCCCUGGAACAAAAACUUAUGGAAAGUGGUGAGGCAUCAGUUGCUAAUGCUUCCAUGGUGGAUAUGCAGCAGACUAUUACAAAGCUGACAACUCAAUGCAAUGAGAAGGCUUUUGAGUUAGAGUUAAAGUCAGCUGAUAAUCGGGUCCUUCAGGAGCAAUUACAACAGAAGAGUGUGGAAAUCUGCGAUUUACAAGAAAAAGUACAGCGCCUUGAAGGACAGUUUAUAACCAAAAACAGCCCAUCCCCUGAGCAAUGCACACCACAGGAGAUUGUUGACUUGAAAUCUAAACUUCAGUGCAAGGAAGUAGAAAGCGAGAAGCUUAAAUACGAGCAUCUGGAAAUCAUCGAAGAAAAUCGUGACCUAAUCAAUCAGAAUCAGAAAUUAAGUGAGGAAGCUGCUUAUGCAAAAGAAUUGGCAUGUUCUGCAGCUGUCGAGCUUAAGAAUUUGGCUGAAGAAGUUACAAAGCUAUCUAUACAAAAUGCAAAGCAGGCAAAAGAGUUAUUAAUUGCUCAGGAGAAGGCACAUUCCAGGGUUCCUAUUAGAAAGGGCCGCCCCACAGGUAGGGGCAGGGAUGAGGUUGGGACUUUGAGUCUUGAUUUAGAGGAUAUGAAGAUGGAGCUACUGGCACGAAAACAGAGGGAAACUGCUCUAGAAGCAGCUUUGGCAGAGAAGGAACUUCUUGAAGAGGAGUACAAGAAGAAGUUUGAUGAAGCAAAGAAAAAAGAGCUUUCUUUAGAAAAUGAUCUGGCAGGCAUGUGGGUUCUUGUUGCCAAGUUGAAAAGAGGGGCGUUUAACAUAUCCGAGUUAAAUGUUGAUGAACGGUCUAUCAAUCUAGCUGAUAUAACUAAUGAUACAAAGGAAAAUAAAGGUGACAAGACUGUAGCUCUAGUUGAGAAACAAAUGUCUGAUGAUACUCUGAAGUCAUUGACCGCAGAGGACUAUAGAAGUCCAGAAUUUGAACCUCUUCUUGUUCGUCUCAAGGCUAAAAUUCAAGAGAUGAAGGAAAAGGAAACCGAUCCGUUGAGUGAUAAAGAUGGCAAUUCCCAUGUCUGCAAAGUAUGUUUUGAAUCUGCAACUGCUGCAGUUUUGCUUCCUUGUCGGCAUUUUUGCUUGUGCAAGCCUUGCGCACUUGCAUGUUCCGAAUGCCCUCUGUGUCGCACACGAAUUGUAGACAGGAUUAUUACCUUUACAUAGGUUACAUAUUAGCCUAAGGAAACCUUCGGCGCACCCAACCCCUCCUUGUAAAAUCACCGACCAUAUAUGUUUCUUUUUCUCUGUAACAAAGAAGGUGCCUUUUAUGUUCCUUCUGUGUUGUAUUGCCAUUCUUUUGAUUCUCCUAUAGCUUCACCUUGGCUCCUUGAUGUAUCUAGAGGCUGCAUCCGAUGACUUCUCGGCGAAUGUGUAUAGAUAAGUGACUAGACAUUGUAAAACAUUUUUCUUUCGGAAGUAAAGCAGCGAAGGAUAUGUGAUCUUUAAACUGA